UCAUCAACUCACUUUAAAUAAACUCCUUCUGACUCCAUUCAGAAUCCAAAUCUUUUCAAUGGGUAGCCAACUGAAGAAGCAAUGGCCUCAAUUUGCUUGUGCUUUGGCCCUUUUCUUGAUUGCAACUUGCACUACGGCAUAUACACCUGAUUCUUAUGAAUCACAAACUUCAACAUACAAUAAAGUACCAAUCACAGUAGCUAAAAGUGACGACUACAAAAAACCAUCACUUCCAGAAGAUAGCUACAAAAAGGUGCCAACUGUUUCAAAGGUACCCUCGGUACCUAAAGAGGAAUACAAGGCGCCAUCUUUGCCAAAGAAUGACUACUACAAGACGCCAUCAGUUCCAGAAGCUAACUACAAGAAGGUGCCGGCUAUUCCAAAGGUACCCUCAAUGCCUAAACCGGAAUACAAGGCUCCAUCUCUACCAAAGAAUGACUACUACAAGAAACCAUCAAUUCUAGAAGAUAACUACAAGAAGGUGCCAACUGUUUCAAAGGUACCCUCGGUACCUAAAGAGGAAUACAAGGCGCCAUCUUUGUCAAAGAAUGACUACUACAAGAAGCCAUCAGUUCCAAAAGAUAACCAUAAGAAGGUUCCAUCUAUUCCAAAGUUACCCUCAGUGCCUAAACCGGAAUACAAGGUGCCCUCUUUGCCAAAAAAUGACUACUACAAAAAAUCAUCAGCUUCUCCACCACCACCCUACUACUAUAAUUCACCCCCUCCUCCUUCACCAUCACCACCACCUCCUUACCAUUAUUAAUCAUCUUCAACUCAUUCUCCAUCACCACCUCCUCCAUGUUAAUUAUUAAAUUUUCAUGUUUCAAGGAAGUCCUUCUCCAGCUCAACAUAUAUAAACCGUAGGAUCCCACAUUAUGAGUUCGAAGGCAUGAUAUCAUAAUUUGUAAUUCUUUAUUUGUUGUUUUUCCGUUUCCUUCUUCGAUUUGCAAUUGUUUUGUCAUUCAAAUUGUACUUUGAUGUUUCCAAAGAAUUGUUUCAAUUGAAUACAAGUUAAGUAAU